CACAGCUUCUGAUGACAGCAGCCCUUAGCAGGGUAUAAAAGGGGACCUGGGGCAAGCAGACUUCCAAACCUUCCAACCCACCUUCCUGAAAACUCACUCCGAACCUUCACCCUCUGACACCAUGGUCAACUCCUGUUGUGGAUCCGUCUGCUCUGACCAGGGCUGUGGCCAAGGCUGCUGCCAGACCACCUGCUGCCGCCCCAGCUGCUGCCAGACCACCUGCUGCCGCCCCAGCUGCUGUGGCUCCAGCUGUGGUUCUAGCUGCUGCAGGCCAACCUGCUGCAUCUCUAGCUGCUGCCGCCCCACUUGCUGCCAGACCCCCUGCUGCCGCCCCUCCUGCUGUGGCUCCAGCUGUGGCUCUAGCUGCUGCAGGCCUACAUGCUGCAUCUCUAGCUGCUGCCGCCCCACCUGCUGCCAGACCACCUGCUGCAGGACCACCUGCCGCCGCCCCUCUUGCUGUGGCUCCUGCUGUGGCUCUAGCUGCUGUGGCUCCAGCUGCUGCCGCCCCUCCUGCUGUGGCUCCAGCUGCUGCCGCCCUUCCUGCUGUGGCUCCAGCUGCUGCCGCCCCAUCUGCUGCCCAACCACCUGCUGCCAGACCACCUGCUGCCGCCCCAUCUGCUGCCAGACCACCUGCUGCCGCCCCAUCUGCUGCCAGACCACCUGUUGCCGCCCAACCACCUGCUGCCGCCCCAGCUGCUGUGUGUCCAGCUGCUGCCGCCCCAGCUGCUGUGGCUCUUGCUGCUGUCGUCCCUCCUGUUGCAUCUCCAGCUGCUGCCGCCCCUCUUGCUGUGGCUCCAGCUGCUGUGGCUCCAGCUGCUGCCGCCCCUCCUGCUGUGGUUCUAACUGCUGUGGCUCCAGCUGCUGUGGCUCCAGCUGCUGUCGUCCUUCCUGUUGCAUCUCCAGCUGUUGCCGCCCCUCUUGCUGCGGCUCCAGUUGCUGUGGCUCCAGCUGCUGCCGGCCCUCCUGCUGCCCCUGCUGCUGCCUCCGCCCAGUCUGUGGCCAGGUCUCCUGCCCCACCAAUUGCUAUCGCCCCACCUGUGUCAUCUCCACCUGCCCCCGCCCCAUGUGCUGUGCUGUCCCUGACUGCUGAAUCUUUGCCUAUAAUCUGUCACACUAUGGAUGUCCUCACGAGUCACCUAAAAUGUGUUGAGCCAGCCAGUGACUGGGGAAUGAACGCUUAGCUUCCAACUCUUCUUCUGAUUUGGCAUUCAGAGUUGGUGUUCAGUUUCAGGAAAUGAUAAAUGAAAACACAUUUGUCAAAUGGUUUUAACCGAGGCCCAGAUGCAUCUAUUUUUGAACCAACACUGUCUUGUCCGAAGUAUAUACUCUAUGUGAUGAUCUCAUAUAACAUUGUCUCCAUAUUUUCUUAA